GGCAGGAAAAAGGACCUUAAGGACAUGAGGCUGUGUCUUCCUCAGCUGAGCCUUGCAGGGCUGGCUGGAAGGUGGAGAAGGGAUGGGAUGGGCGUGGGAUGUCAAUGGGAGCUUGAAGAUGGAAGGGUCAUCUGCUGGAGCCUGGGAUUCUAUGGGGCUGUCUUGUGCUGUGGAGGAUACAAGUUCUGCAGGCCUUCCUUACAGUAGUCACGGCUGGCCUGAGCUGUGAGGUGGCUAUAGAGGCGGUAGAUGAGACAGUGCCUGGCACUUGAGAUACCUGAUGUUCAGCCUGCCUUCUACUCGUUCCAGUCUGCCAUCUUCAGGAACCAGCAGUGGGUGGGAGAAGCAGCAAUAUCUCCUAGUACUCAGUGGCAUCCACUGGCCACUUUCUUUCUCUUUGUUCCCCAUCUCAUGCCAGCACAUCUCCAUCCUUCUGCAGCUGCUGCAGUCAGAUCCAUCAUGUGGGCACUGACAGCCCUUCUGCUCCUGGUUCCAAGCGGUGGGCAAGCUGCUACUCUGGAGAAGCCCAUAUUGUCUCUACACCCACCUUGGACCACGAUCUUCAAGGGGGAGCGGGUAACUUUGAAGUGUGAUGGAUACCACCCACUGCUCCUGGAGCUCCAGCCCAUCAGCACUCUCUGGUAUUUGGGCCACCUACUUCUGCCCUCUCACAAGAAGAGCAUUGAGGUGCAGACACCAGGGGUGUAUCGAUGCCAGACACGGGGAGCACCCGUCAGUGACCCCAUUCACCUCUCUGUAUCCAAUGAUUGGCUGAUUCUUCAAGUGCCCUAUACUCCAGUGUUCGAGGGCGAGCCGCUGGUCCUGCGCUGCCGCGGCUGGUACGACAAGGUGAUCCACAAACUUCACUACUACCGUGACGGCCAAGCCGUGCGCUACUUCCAUUCCAGCGCCAACUACACCGUGUUGCAGGCUCGCGCCAGCGAUAGCGGGCGCUACCAGUGCUCGGGCACCAUGCGCAUCCCGGUGGAGAGCGCGCCCAUGUUCUCCGCUAAGGUGGCUGUGACAGUGCAAGAGCUGUUCCGGGCGCCGGUGCUGAGGGUGAUGGGUCCGCGGGAGGCCCGCGGCGCGACGCUGGGCGGGGUGGUGCUGCGCUGCGACACGCGCCUGCACCCGCAGAAGCGCGACACCCCGCUGCAGUUCGCGUUUUACAAGUACAGCCGCGCGGUGCGCCGCUUCGACUGGGGCGCUGAGUACACAGUCCUGGAUCCCGAGGUCGAGGAGCUGGAAUCGUACUGGUGCGAGGCGGCCACCGCCACCCGCAGUGUCCGGAAACGCAGUCCGUGGCUGCAGCUCCCGGGGCCGGGUUCUCCCCUGGACCCGGCCUCCACCACCGCCCCACGAGCCGCAGCCUUGGCUCCUGGAAACAAGCCGCUUUUCUUCAGAAAGCCCCCGGUGUCCAGAUCGGUCCCAUCGGUCACCUCCGUCCCGAGCACCACUUCCACCCGUCUGCAAUUCCCGGCGAGCGGCGCCCCGACUGCUGGGCCACCUGCCUGCGCUCCGCCGACGCCCUUGGAACAAUUGGCUGGAGCCCUGAAACCCGACGUGGACCUUCUGCUCCGAGAAAUGCAGCUGCUCAAAGGCAUUCUGAGCCGGGUGGUCCUGGAAUUAAAGGAGCCACAGGCCCUCCCGGAGCUCAGGGGUACGCCUGAGAUCCCCACCUCUCACUUUGCUGUGAGCCUGGGAACCCCAGAGACCACUCCUGUGGAGAGCUGAGGUGGGGGGCUGCCGUCCCCUCUGCAGGCUCAUUCCUCCCUGGUCGCCUGCUUCCCCUCACGCGAAGUUCUUUCAAAGCCAUCUGUUUGCAUCCUUGUGUUUUGCUGUGGUUUUUAAAGGAGCUCCCACGAAGUGUAGUGGCUGACGAUUUCAACCUCACAAGCAGUUUCUAACCACAAGCAUUCUCUUUGAAUUCUCACAGAAUUCAGCAAGAAUUAGAAACCUGCUAUUUACUACAUUGUGGUUUAACUUUGGAAGUGAAUUUAAUCACCCAUAACCCUUCAGAUAAGCCUAGCCAGUACAUAUUUCAGCACAGGCAGUUUUUUUGGUAUUUAAGUACAUUGAGGUAACUGAGGACUUGAUAAUAUUUUAGGGUCGAGGUGUAAUUAUUCAUAAUGAAUUUACUCUGUUGAUAUUAAAAAGACGUUCAGUCCUAUUACUGAUGAGUUUACAUCUUCAAAUAAAUCCUGGGUUCUAUUUA